UUGAUGAGUAUCAACCGACUCGGGCGAUCACUAAGCCACAAAUUCUCCAAAAAACUCAAUUGUUCCUUCGAUUUCUGACGGCUGCUCCAAAAACAGAACGAGGGACACUCACACGGUCGAUCGCGACGCUCUCUAGCCCCCUCGAGGGGCUCCAGCGAGGGCGUCUCUCGUCGAAAUCCACUCGAUCCUCAGCGUUUCUCAGGGGUGGGGGACUGGAUCCAACUGGGGAUCGUGGAGAGAGGGGAUUUCUAGUGAAAAGAACACUUCACGCACUCAUUCCAAGUGCUCUCGACUCUACAACUCUAGGUACCCUCGGUUUCUGACGACUCUUGUGACUUCAAUUCGCAAAUAUUCCUGGAAGCCGAGUAGUGAUGCUCGUGGAGGAGUCGCCAUAGCAUAAAUUACCCUGAAUUUUCGUCGAGAAUUAUCGCAAUCCAGCUCUCAAGACCAUGUUUGGAUCACUCGACUAGAAGAUAUUCCUCUGGAUUCGCACUUUUUCGUUGCUCAGCAUCCAUCGAUCGUUGUUCUUCGGCUGGAGUUUGUGGGGAAUUCGUUCGUCAGGAUGAGUGGAACAAUAAUUGAAAAUUUGAGUGGGAAAAAACUCUCGGUUCUCGUGGUUUUUCUCAUCAUUGCACAGAUUACGUGCUUUCUGAUUGGAGGACUUGUGGCUCCGAAACCAGCGACCAACCAGAAUAUCCUGGCUAGAGCGUGCAAGGAUGACAGGAUCAAUGGAUCAGGACUUGACACAUCCAAGUGGUAUUACUUUCAAGGAGUCGGGGCCUGCCAGCCUGAGGAUAUGCAUAAGUUUGAUGUUGACAGUCAGUUCAAAGCGUUUCAGGUCGUCUAUUCCUUCCAGAUGCCCUUGCCAAGGAGUAACAUGAUCCUGGACUACUCGAGAUGGCAGCAAAAUCUCAUCGGAGUGUUGCAAGUGGAGAGUGUCUACCACGAUCAAGUUCAACUAGCCCCGAAGAUCCCCAUGAUCCUGGACGCACGACUGGCGUACAGGAACAAGGGGGAUCCCGACGACGCCUGGAAGCCGUACGCAGCCUCGAGGAUUGAGAGAUACCUGGAGUGCUCAAUCGCCGACGAGAUCGAGCACUACAACUACAACUGCGGAGUGAUUCCCCUCUUCGAGCUCGGCUCACUCUACCACGACUACUACCUUCUCAAUAUUCGUUUGCCCAUCGAGAAGAAUGUCAACCAGGGUCUUGGGCACAUAAGCGACCUGUACCUGACUGUCAUCAAUCAGAAUGGGGGCUUCACGAAGGUCUGGGUCAGCCUCAAGACCAUAUUCUUUCCCAUUGUCAUAUGCUUCAUGGCGUGGUACUGGCGGCGAGUUAAUUCCAUGUCACGACCACCUGCACUCCUGGAGUACAUGCUCCUCGCUUUGGGCUGUGCUCUGACUUUUCUGAAUCUCCCCCUGGAGUACCUGACCCUCUCCUACGACAUGCCAUUCAUGCUGCUGUUGAGUGAUAUUAGACAGGGGAUUUUCUACGCUGUUUUGCUGUCGUUUUGGCUGGUCUUCGCUGGAGAACAUCUGAUGAUUCAAGAUGGUGACCAGAAGAACGGCCUGAAAUGCUACUGGCGGCACUUGAGUGCAGUAGUCGUCGGUUGUCUCUCCCUCUUCAUCUUCGACAUGUGUGAGCGUGGAAUUCAGCUGAUAAAUCCAUUCUUCUCAAUCUGGGUGACCAACAUCGGUGCCAAACUCGCCCUGUCCUUCAUCAUUCUCGCGGGUAUAUCCGCAGGAUUCUACUUGCUAUUCCUCACCUACAUGAUAUGGAAAGUCUUCAUGAACAUAAACGUGAAGAGAUGCGCACUCCCGAGCAUGAGUUCGGCCCGACGUCUGCAUUACGAGGGUGUGAUCUAUCGUUUCAAAUUCCUGAUGAUCGCCACUCUUCUGUGCGCGUCCCUCACUGUCGUUGGGUUCAUCCUGGGACAGAUGGCGGAGGGACAGUGGAAGUGGGACGAGGACCUGGAGAUCGAGACAACGUCUGCUUUCUUCACUGGGGUUUAUGGCAUGUGGAAUAUUUACAUUCUCGCUUUGCUCUGUCUUUAUGCACCUUCCCACAAAAAAUGGCCGGUUGAACCCACUGAUCAGAGCCUCGGGGAGGAAAUUGAAUUCGCUAGACUAUCAACUGAACCCAAUGAGAUGCUCUCGCUCACUGCUUUCGCCAGGAAGACUGCCACGGAAUAGAUUCUACUUAAUGGUUUUAUUUAUUUUUUUUAACACUGGGACGAACAAGUUCAGUGGAAAAUCCUAACACUUUCUCGAAGAAAUUCUAGUGAAUUUCUGUUGGAAUUUUAUUAAAAAUUGGGAUUUUUCGCCGGCGUUUUUCAUUGAAAGAAGGACAUACAUAUUGAUUUUUUCAUAUGAUUUAUUCUAUUCGGGUUAUUUUUAUAAAAAUUCUUGGGCAAAAUGUUUCAAGUUUUUUUUAUUGAGGAGAAUAAAUGAAAAUACAGCAGAAAAAUCUUGGGGAAUUUAUGCCCAAGUGUUUCUAUUCAAAAAGAAAAAUCUACUGACUUUUAUAUCAAAAUUUUUUUAAACAUGGCAGGGUAAAAUAUCUUCAGUAGAAUUGGGGAAAAAACAAAUAGGAUUUUUCAGUAAAAUUCCAACAGAACUUGAAUAGAAUUGCUAUAGACUUCUGAAGUAAACAGUGAAAUAGUCUCCUGAAAUGAUCGAUCAAUCAUCAUUUCGUCCUCAUUAUCUGUAAGUUAAAAGAGGUGAUAUAUUACACUAAGUUUUAUUUAUCAUAUCGCAACAAGUGAAAAAAAUGACGACGAAUCAUGCGUUUCCCCGAAUAUUGGGUGGACUUAACGAUAGGAUAUGAUUUAACGAGCCAAUUGAACUUCCUCGAUGUGUGUAAAAAUGUUUAGACUCAUGUAUUCAUUAGAGAGGCCCCUGGAUUCGUAUUCUUCCACGUACAACUUAUGACUACUCCAGAUUACCCUCUGAUGAGUUGCGAAAUUUACUGGGAUAAUUGUUAGUGACGAGUAUAUCAUGGUAGGUGAGCAGUUUUACAAUAUUCCGCAUUAGUGAUCAUGUUUGUAAGGAAGUACUCCUCUUGAAUGUAGAAUAGUGCAAUUAUUUUUGUUCAUUUUUCACUCGAAACACUCGAUUGAGAGCAACAUCGAUCUUUACAUUGGGUUGAGAACUUCGUCGCAAGUAAUUAUGCAGAAACCGACCUGUAUUAUUUUUUUAUAAAUUUUUGUAAUAGUUUUUGCCAGAAGGUGUGUGAGAAAAUAAAUGACUGAUUUUUUCACUUUUAAA